AUGGCUAUGAUAUCAAUGGAAUUUACUUUGGUUAUUAUUCUUAUUUUAUUUAUAUUCAUUGUUAAUAUUUUUCAUAUAUUGUAUUUAAUUAUACGUAAAAAUGGAAAACAAUUUCGAUUUUUUCGUUCAAUACUUAUAAAUUCGUCUUUUUCAUCGUUAAUUAUUGCUCUAUGGCUUAUACCAUUCUUUUAUUUUCGUAUACAUGCGUCACCAGAAUCAUUAGAAUGGCGUCUAUGGUCAUUUACAUUUCAUAUUGUUGAUGCUGUUCAACUUUAUUCACUUCUUUUACUUGUUGCUCAUACAAAUUUUAUUAAUCUCUCAUUACAACGAUUUCUUAUAGGUCUUAGUUGGUUAGCACCUAUUAUUACCUAUUCACCAUUAUUAUGGUUAUCAUCUUCAUAUAAUAAAAUGGAUCAUUUACCAUUUCGUAGAUUAUCUAUUAAUAUACCUUGGUGGAUAUUACCUACAUUAUAUUCUAGUAUGUAUCUUGUACCAAUAUUUAUUUCAUUUGUUUUAAUUGGUAUAAUAAUAUGUUGGCCAUGGAUUUAUAAAUUUUAUAAAAAACGAGAAAAUCUAUCUCAAAGACAAACCAAUGAACAUCGAGAAAAUAUGGCAGAAUUAACAAGUCUUGUUGAAACUGUUUUAAGUUUUGAAUUAGAUCAAUCAACAAUGAGUACAAUUAAUACAUGGCUUCCUUCAAUAUCAUCAUCUAGCAAAGAACAAACAUCUUUAUCCGAUAUUUCAACUAAACUCAAUCGAUCAUUAUCAUAUAAAGUCUCUCAAGAUCAUUCAUCUCUUUUAUUUGAUGAUCUUUCAUCAUCAUCCAUACAAUUAAAUAAUUAUAUUGAAAAAGCACAAUUACAAGUUAAUUAUUAUCUAUUAUUUAUUAUAACAUGCUUAUUACUUUUUGUUCAUAUGCCAUAUGCAAUUUUAUCAUUAAUGGAUAUUUAUACAUCUCAUUUACCAAUAUUUAUUUAUAUACAUUGGUUCGGAACAUUAUCGUAUUGUUGCGUAUUUUGUUUAGCAAAAUCAGGAUUAAAUUGGGAAUUAUAUCGUCUUUUACGAUCAUUUGUUUCAACAGGAACGACUGGUUCAGGUGUAUCUGGUGUUGAUUCAUUACCAGUAAAAACACGUGAUAAAUACGCAGCAGUUUUUGUACGUUCUUGUGAUUCACGUUUUAAUCUAAGAAUUGAUUGA